AUGAGUACAGCAAAGUCUUUAUUAAAUAAUCAUUAUGUCUUCGAAGCUAUCAAAAAAGCUGGAAGCUGUUUAAAUGAGGAUACGGAAGUAAAUUGCAAACCGACUCUUGACUUUCUCAGUCACAUUAUGUCCUUUGAAUGCAAGAGCAGUCAACCCUGUUCACUAUCGAAAAUAGAUUCCAAGACAAUCGCCAUGAGUCCCUAUAAAAGCAUUGGUCAGUUCUUAAAUUUAGAAAUGAUAAGCUUUGAUAAAAGAGGAAGUAGUGAUUCUAGCGUUUUUAGAACGAUCUUAAACGCGCUUUCAAUGCAGAUUGAACCUGGGGAGAAGGUGAGCGUCUAUACAUUCAAUUUGAUGAAGAGAUGCACGUUUAAAUGCAAUAAUGUCCAGCAAGAGGUAUUAACAUGGGAAGGAGAUCCCAGAAACGAUGAAAACAAGAUAUUGAUGUACUAUAUUGAGAAGAAAGAUUCCCGCAAUAUUUUGAUGCCGCGAAUUCCUAUAAAACUUAAAAGACGACCUAAAUGCAAGGACCAGGGCAAGUGUGAUAGUUCAAGACAUCGUAUGGGAGAACUGGCGGGUAGCGUCGAACGCGCAAAAGCACAAGGAAAAGCAAAACUUUGCAAAACAUAUUUCAACUCUUGUAGAGCUUGGAGGCCCGUGUGUAUGAAUGAUUGUCGUGGUUGCAAGGGCUUCUGUGUCGGUUGUGGUUCUUGCUAA